GGUACGUAAGCUUCUUAGACUGGAGCAGGUCUGUUAGCUUCUUCUCUUCCCCGAGCGAUCUCCCAGUUGUCCCCCCGCCCGAGGAAAUACCUGGUCUUUACGCCUUUUCUUGAGCUUCUCACUCAUGGAUAUCUGCAAUAACCACUCGGGGCUUCCAUCAACUAAAUGGCCCGAUGUUUGCCGCUACGAAGUCUUUCUCAGUUUCAGAGGAGGAGAUGUUCGGGGUGGCUUCGUUGAAUUUCUCUACGAAGGCCUCGCUGAUUCAGGGACCAUUGCAUUUAUCGAUCAUCGUGGGAUCGAGAUCGGAGAACAUAUCAUGCCUAAGAUCUUACAAGUGAUUGGGCACACGCAGAUCUGCAUUCCCAUCUUCUCCAAAGAUUUCGCUUCUAGUAGGAGUUGUCUGAAGGAGGUAGAGAAAAUGGUGGAGUGUGACAGGACAAUCAUGCCCAUUUUCUACGACGUCUCCCCUUCAGUGGUCGGUGAACAAAAGGAGAGUUAUCAGCAGUCCUUCCGCGACCAUGAGGCCGAUGGAGUGACGUCAACGACUAUAAACAACUGGAAGAAGGCUCUGCAUAGUGUUUCAAGAAAACGAGGAUGGGAAUUGGAGAAAUUCCAGCACGGGCAGCGUGAACUUAUAAAUGAGGUUGUUUCCACGGUCCGCCGGUUGUUGAGGAAGGAUGACUUAUAUGUGACGGCACAUUUAGUGGGGAUGGAUCAACCUGUGCAAGAGGUGAUGAGAAAACUUGGUGUUGGCUAUGAAAAUGGAGAAGUAAUUAAAGGGCAAAUGGUGACAGGAAAACGUGUGGUUGAGAUAUCGGGCCUUCCAGGAAUUGGUAAGUCGACUCUUGCCGCGGUUGUCUACAACAAAAUCCAUCAUCUCUUCGAAGGUAAGAGUUUCCUUAAAGAGGUUGAGCAAACGAGACUCCUGUCUCUCCAAGAAGAUUUAGUUAGUGGCCUCCAAAAGAGAGCAUACACGUUCAAAUCUCCUGCUGAAGGUAACGAAUUUAUCAAGUACAAAUUUGGAGAUCUAAGAGUUCUCAUUAUUCUUGACGAUGUUAGUGAUUUUAAACAAAUCAAUUCACUAGCUGGAGAUCUAAGUUGGUUUGGUCCAGGAAGCAGAAUCAUUGUAAUAUCUAAGAGAAGUAAUCUUGUUGACAACCAUAAUCAGGUGCAUGUGACCUCUGCGAGCGGCAGUACUGUUAACAGGUGUGAUGACAUCCUCGUUGAAAAGUACAAGCUAAAAGAAAUGAAUAGUGACCAUGCUUUUCAGCUAUUUUGUAGUGUUCUUAGAGAAAAACCUCUUAAAAAGGAAUUCUCCUCUUUGGUAUGUGAAAUUAUAUCGGCUGCCGGAGGAAUUCCUCUGGUUAUUGAGGUGGUUGGUUCAUUUUUACGUGGAAAGCCCAUAGAAUUUUGGAAGGAGGCAAUGGGUAGAUUGAAACGAGAGCCUUACACUGCGGAAGUAAAACGAAUUCUGAAGAGAAGAUAUGAAGAUUUAGAAAAAAAUGCCCAAGAGAUAUUUCUCGAUGUAGCUUGUUUUUUUGUGGGAAAGGACAAAGCAAUACCAUCUUACAUGUGGGAAGCUUGUGAAUAUGAUCCUUAUAGUGGAAUCAACGAGCUUCACGACUUGUCUUUGGUCAAAACUAGAGAAAACAGUGAAUUGUGGAUGAAUAAUCAACUAAAAGUCCUUGGGAGGGAUAUUGUCAAGGAGGAAAAUCCAAGUGAACCUUUCAAGCGGAGCAGGUUAUGGAAUGAGGAGGAUAUCGAACCAGUAUUGAAUGAAAGGAAGGUAAAUUUUGAAGACAAGAAGGAUUGGCAGGACGCUGCAAGUGAAGCCCUCAGUGCCACAUACGACAAACCCCAUUUAUUUCCUGAACAUAGAUUCUUUUGUGAGUUCUCGAAGCUUAGGUAUCUUAAAAUGAACCACGCUAUUGUCAAAGCAUAUAAGCAGAGUGCAAAGAGCUCCAGAGAGGAUUUUUACCUUCGAAGGUUAAAGUGGCUUGAAUGGCAAGGGUGCAACGAUAUCUCCAGUCUACUUGCUUUAGAUAUGUCAAAAUUGAUCGUUCUUGAUUUGUCUAGGGCCAAGAACUUGAAAGUUUUGAUCCUAAAAGAUUGUCGUUUGCUAAUGGAAUCUCCAUUUUCCCAUGCUGCUGUGACCUUAGAGAGACUAAACCUGGAACGUUCAACAUUACCUACGUGUGCUGUGAGGUCCAUUAGCGAGCUAAGGAACUUAGUUUCUUUGAAUAUCAAGUUCUGCAGCUUCGUGCAAGAGCUGCCAAAAGAUAUAGGUUCCUUGGAAGCUUUGAAAGAGCUAUACAUCGAUGGAACUCCCAUUAAAGCCAUUGAUAUCGCAGAGGGUUCCUAUGGGAAGCUUAAAAUUCUGAGUGCUUGCAACUGCGAAUUCUUGAGCUUGUGGAAAUUGCCGGAUUCCAUUGGAGACCUCAAAAAGCUGCAAGUCAUGGAUCUUUCAAGCACAAUAGUUGACGAAAUACCAUCCUCUGUCAAGGAUUUACAAAACUUGAAAGAACUAAAGAUGGCUGGCACUCACAUAAGAAAAUUUCCUGGAGGCAUUAAGAAUCUAGAGAGUUUAGAAGAGAUAGAUUUCUCGGGCUGCAGAAAUUUGAGAGGGGAGUGCAACAUUACGGGAUUAUCGUCUUUGCGGGUGUUACUUCUAGAACACACUGAUAUUUCUCGGCUGAUUGUCACGGAUCGCCAAUCCUAUAAUCCCAAAAACCUCAAACUAGAUGGCGAUGUCCCCAUCUCGAUAAUUGGAACUAUCCAAGGGCAUGGCAUCGGUUCAACAGAUGUGAGACUAGACCACCGUUCAAGGCUGACGGACAUCAUAUCAGCAUGCGAUGAUGAGUCAGAGACCGUAGCAAUGUGGCGGUCAGACAGAAGCAAGGAAGUCAUCGGUGGAUGA